ACGUCGUCGAGAAAACGAACGUCAAAAUUUAAGAGACGCUCGUAACUGAACGCACAGGAGUUCUUCUAUCAUUUAAUAUUUUAGAUGUGAACUUUCCUUUACUUUGAAACGCUGAAAGAUUCCUACGUCCAUCCCACCUUCGUUUUUUUAUGUUACGAUUGUAAUAAGAACAUCGAGACUUGCUAGUCAUGGCUAGAUACAUAGCUGAAGAUAAAAAACUCUUGAAAAUCUUGCAGUCAAGCACAGAAGAAGAAGAAAUUAACCGUCGGUUAAAAGCUGCAGGUCUUUAUGAUCAUGAGGAUACAUAUGAAGCACGAAGACAACUUGAUGAAGUCCUACAAAAAUCUAAGGAGGAAUCGGUUAACAGAACAAGGGUAGACCUGGCAUCUAGGAAAAGUUCAACUUCGUUUGAGGAUGCAUUCAACAUUGUUGAUGAUGAUGAAGAUAUUGUGCCAGAGCUAAGUCCACCUGUUAGCACUUCCACUAAAAAGAAUGGAAGAAAGCCUCCUCAAUGGAAACCCCUUUCUGAUGAUGACCAUGACGAUGAAGAUCUACAAGCUAACCUUGAAUGUAAAGCUGCAGACCCUCUUGAGGGAACAUCAAACUUGGUUCCAAAAAACCAUUUAAAUUUGCAGAAAGGCAAACCUGUUGAUGCCAAGAAGUUAGUAUUGACAGCUAAAGAAAGUUACGGAAGCAAAAUGGUUGCAGCAUCACUUAAAAAAGGUGAAGAAAAUAAAAGCCUGAGUUCGGAUCGUCUCCUGAGGCCAAAACGAGGCGACCUCAUCAUAACUCCUGACGAACUCUCCGAUGCAGAAAACGUCCCAGAGAUUGAACCUCUGAACAUGGACAUAAGUGGAAGUGCGUCAAAAGACGAAGAAGCGACUAGCAAAAGUUUCAACUCUGAAGACGAUGACUUCACUGCCUGCCCCGCCUCAAAGAACAACCAAAAUCGUGGCAAACCAGACUCGCCUGGAUCAGGAUGGAAAAGUAAAAUUGGAACAAUGAGAGCAUUAUGCAACAAAUAUUCUGAAAUGCUGAAAAAAAUUGAACAAAUUACGCCGUCGCCUUUGCCUGAAGAACUUGAUUUCGAAAACAAAGGCCCCUACCAACAACUUAUCGAAAACGAGGAAAAGUCAAAGAUUGACAAAAGUUCCUGCUCUAGGCCAAUAAAAUGGGGAAAACCUAUUAUCCUUACAAUGUCAAACAACAAGAGAAGACGCCAGAUGUUUAAAAAAUCCCAGACGAACGAUACUAGUCUUCCUGUAGACACGAAAAUCGAUCAGCGAGAGGAAAUCAUAUGUGAUUCACCACCAGCCUCUUCUAGCACGUUUAGGUUAGAUAUUCCUCCGACCAGCCCUGUUUUUGAGUCAAGUGCUUCACGAAAGAGACUGGGGGGAUCGAAAGAGAUUACGGAGAUGGGAAUUGAAAUCGGCAGAAAGUCACCCGUGGAUGCAACACAGGAUUCAUCAUUUCAGGAAUGUCCCAUCUGCGGGAAGUCGUUUCCCCUUAGCGUCAUUGAAACACACGCGGAUGGAUGUAUCAAUAACUUAGAAGAAGAAGCUCGCCCGCGUUCGGAACGAAUUGCCGCACGAUCCGUCAAAUCGCGCAACGGAUGGCACGAUAGUUCACAGUGGGGUAAAGGAUUGGAGCCAACCGUUGGAAGAAGCACUCCAAUCAAGCCGGAAAUGGAUGCUAUCGAGAGAAUAUUUGAUUCAGAUUCCGAUUCAGGUUCGGAUUUCGAAACAACGAAUGGGUCGGGUGCUAAGCGUAACCAACGCAAGACCGAAGGUAGCAAAGUCAAGAAACGUCGUUUUUAAGUUGUUUUCGCUGUUCGUCACAUCAACAUUCUUGCAUCAUCGGGCACAAAAUUUAUUUGGCUCAUGACAGCGUUAACGUGAAGAACACUGCUGUAAUUGAAUAUUAUUUAAUCUUGUUUUCGUUGUGUGAUAUCCUAGUAAGAGGCCUUUGUUUUUGUACACAGAAUUCGUUAAAUUUUUUGUCGGUUGAUCAAAAGUGUUGCCCUCCAAGUUGUGCCAACAGUUAACAUUUAUACAAUACAAAUCCCGAAGAUGAAGUC